AGCCCCUAAUUCGGUAACGCCGUGUUUCUUUUUCCUCUCUAAUUUCCACUCAUUUCAUUUCCUCUCCACUCCUUUCUGCAAUUAUUCCCGACUUUCCAUGGCUUCCUGCAUACCUAGCCUCGAACCCGCCCCCGACACGUGUCCCGAGUUCAAACGGCGGAAACGAAGGAUACCAGACCAGAGGCUUGCCUCUUCUCAUUCUCAUCAACGUAACCAAAGAAUUAAGCGAUGGCGAACACAACGCGAGCAACACAUCUACUCCUCCAAGCUCAUCCAGGCCCUCCGCCGUUCUCGUCUGACCUCAACUUCCUCCUCCACCGUACAGGAAGUUCACGAUACGGCUGACAGAGUCCUCGCCGUUUUGGCCAAAGGAACCACGCGUUGGAGCAGAGCGAUCCUCACCGCUCGCAAGAUGUCCAGACAAAAGAAGGCCAAGGCCGCCGCCAAUACGAGGUUGAGGAAGCCGGCGUUUAACAUGGAGAAGAGAAAAACGCCUGUCAUUCAGAGGAAGUUGAAGGUUUUGGGACGUCUGGUUCCCGGCUGCCGGAAAUUAUCGUUCUCGAACCUCAUAGAGGAAACCAGCGAUUACAUAGCGGCCCUGGAGAUGCAAGUUCGAGCCAUGACGGCUAUCACCGAGUUUCUCGCCGGCUAUGGACCGCAGCGGGCGGCGGACCGGCUUGCGUCGAAUGCCAACUCUUGAAAAGAUGUUCAUUUGUGAUUAUUAUUAUUUUCGGAAACUGUUUUUGGUGAGAUUCUCAAAUUCCUGUAUUUUAUUGUGUGUACAUGACCUUUUUCUCCCUUUCUAUUUUAUUGUGUAUACAUGA